ACCGGAACCCUUGUUUGUCGAUCCGUACGCAACACGGACCUCAUCAAACUGCUGCACACUCGCUUUCUCACGCUGUAGGAUUUGUUGCUGUGCAUGUUGGGGUCUGAGACAGAAGUAUAAAUAAAGUCAAGUCAUUCUGUUUCGUCCGAACUUUUGAAAAAAAGGAUUUGAGGGAGCCUGUGAAGGUGUGAUGGAGAAGGCAGCGGGGGAAACUGUGGAAAAGGGGACAGAUGUUGCUGUAAAGGGUCAGGCAGCGCUCAGAUCAGAAUUCCUAACAACCAAAGAAAAAUUUCAUGGCUUUGUAGACUCUGAGUGGCAGCGCUUAAAGGGAGAUAACACCAAUAAAAAUGACAACGUUGCGGAGACAAAGGAGGCAUCCGUUGAGGAACCUCAAGCUAAAAGGCUUAAAUUGGAGGAUGAGGAGAGGGAUAAAGCUGGAAAACAAGACGGUAAACGACUACGGGGACAGAAUAAGUCGAGGCCACACGUCAAGCCUACCACCUAUGAUGAAAAACGACUUUGUCUGUCAGUUGUUAAGGAAAACAGGGAAUGCACCUUUGGAGAUAAAUGCCACUUUCACCAUGAUAUCGCUGAGUACUUGGCCACUAAGCCCGCUGACAUCGGGGAAAGCUGCUACCUCUAUGACACUUUUGGAAAAUGUGCUUUCGGUGUCACCUGCCGCUACGCCAAGGCGCACACUACACCUGACCUCAAAACCAUGGAGAACGCAGAACUAAUCAAAACAUACGAGGGCAGGAGCAUGGUGAAGAACAGCCUGAGUAAAGACCUCCAGAACAGUCUCAGGAAGCGUUCAGUGCCCUUCAAGAAGUCAGCAGAGUACCUCAAAACACUUUCAAACAGCAAGGACAAAAGAGAACAGCAGAGGAAUGGUGACGCUUGUGCAGCUGGAGUCUGUGCAGAUCCAACAGGAGUGGAGCAGCAGAAUGCAGCUACUGAAGCAAAUAAACAGCCACAGGCCAGCCCAGAGAAACAGCCUCCAGUGAAGACUGUUGGUCCUCUGACUGAUGAAGAUGUCAUUAAGUUACGGCCAUGUGAAAAGAAACAGGUCGACUUUCAAGACAAGCUUUACCUUGCUCCUCUAACAACUUGUGGAAAUCUGCCUUUCCGUCGUGUGUGCAAACGCUUUGGAGCGGACAUCACCUGCGGGGAGAUGGCCAUGUGCACAAACCUGCUGCAGGGGCAGCAGUCAGAGUGGGCCCUCCUGAAGCGUCACGAAAGUGAAGAUGUCUUUGGCGUCCAGGUGGAGGGCUGCUUCCCUGACACCAUGACGAGGGUUGCAGAGCUCAUCAACAACACCACCGAUGUUGACUUUGUGGACAUCAACUCUGGAUGCCCCAUUGACCUCGUCUACCAGAAGGGUGGAGGCUGCGGCUUGAUGACGCGCACCAGAAAGUUCGAACAGAUAAUCAAAGGAAUGAACUAUGUCCUUGAUGUCCCGCUGACAGUCAAGAUCCGCACAGGUGUUCAGGAGAAGAGCAACAUAGCACACAAGCUCAUCCCAGAGAUGAAGAAUUGGGGUGUCUCAAUGAUCACACUGCAUGGCCGUUCCAGAGAGCAGCGCUACACUAAGUUAGCCGACUGGGACUACAUCUCCACCUGCUCCAAACUGGCCAGUCCCAUCCCCCUUUUUGGUAAUGGAGACAUCCUGUCUUAUGAAGAUGCAAUGAAAGCCAGAGAGACUGGAGUUUCUGGUAUUAUGAUUGCAAGAGGAGCUCUCAUUAAGCCCUGGAUCUUCACUGAAAUAAAAGAGAGCAGACACUGGGACAUCUCGUCCAGUGAGAGACUGGACGUUCUCAGGGACUUCUCCAACUUUGGUCUUGAGCACUGGGGCUCUGACACUCGAGGUGUGGAGAAGACCCGCACCUUCAUGCUGGAGUGGCUGUCUUUCAUGUGCAGGUAUAUUCCAGUGGGCCUGUUGGAGCGAGUGCCUCAGAAGAUCAAUGAGCGGCCUCCGUACUACAUGGGCAGAAACUACCUGGAGUCACUGAUGGCCAGUCAAAAUGUUGGGGACUGGGUCAGGAUAAGUGAAAUGCUGCUCGGACCUGUACCGAAGAAUUUCAACUUUUUGCCCAAACAUAAAGCCAAUGCCUACAAGUGAUUGUAUCUUUGAUAAAUUGGAAAAAAACACCCAGGCUUUCUUUGUUUGUGUUUUCUCUCUAGAGAAUAAGAUAAAAGAAAAUCUAUUGCGUUUUAAGUAACAAAGACUAUUGAAUAGUCUGAUUAUUUGACCGGUGGUACAGCAUUAUAAUAUGGGUGUUUAUGUACUUGAAAUAUAUGCAAUAAAUUCUUUUGCCACACUAA